CGAACGUUGAAUAGUGCAAAAGCGCUCGCAACUACAUCCCGCGAUUCCCACUUUUAUACCACAAUACAUCUCAGCCACACGAAACUUUUCUUCUGUGCUCAGAAGUUCCCAUCGAUUUUUUACUCCAACAACUUACUUCAUUCCUGAAUUUUAACACAGUUAAUACUAGUUCUAAAAUAUUUGUGCUGUAUCUAUGAUUGUAUAAGAAUUCGUAAACGAAUUGUGUCACAAGUUCUCGUACCCAUGGUGAAUUUUUUCUCAGUCGCUCAGUUGGUGCCAAUUUUACAGUUUCGACCUUAAACCAUCACCGCUAAUGCGGUGGUAGAACCUCUUAUGGACAUAAGGAGUAGCGAAGUUAUACACAAACAAUUCACUCGAGAACAAAGCUUUGUCGUUUUCGACUUCUGACGGUUGAUGUUUACUCUCUCUAAAAGGCAAGGCAGUCGCUGUCCAUGUUUCAGUUGCUGCUAUUGAAAAUAGUGCUGCUAUCGCUGUUAGAAUAGAAUCAAUCGGUUGGCCUCAACGAAUUGCCUUCAACGAAUUGCCUUCGUAGACUUCGAUUGCGCCGUCGCCGUUACCGUCUACGUUGGCGUUGUCAGCGUUGAUUUUGCAGUUAGUUUAGGUAUUGUCGCUUUAAGCAAAUUCAAAAUUUGCCCAUGCGUUUAUUUAAUGUGUUAGACUCGUCGCGAAAGCAACAAAUCGCUCGCCUUCGUAGGCCGGAUUGACGGCACGUUUCUGGAAAAGACACUAAAUUAAGUUUUGAACAAAAAAAAAAAAAACAACUUUAUAUAUACAUAGUUAUACAAAAAAAACCAAAGUAAAUCUAUUAAAUGAUAGUCGUCGGAAAUGUUUAGAACUAAACUUUGUUAAAUUUGAAGCGAUUUUCAAUUUGGAAGCGGUGAAAAAUCGGUAUGCGUUUUUCGAAGUGCCUUUUGGAUAGUGUUGGCAAAUGGUUUGAAUGGUCAUUGAUGCAAAGAAGUAAAACUGUUAACAUAACAUCGAUAACCAAAUAAAGGAGUUUGCGGUGAAUAACUCGCACCGCAAUGUUCAUAAAAUAAAAGUGCCUGAUGAAAAUUGUCUUUGUUUUACAUUUUUAUACAAAAAGGAUCAUACAGAAAAAAAUUUAAGAUCCCAAGUGCCCCAAAAAAUAGUUAUGCAACAGUUAAAGAAUACUAAAUACAAUAAAUAAUACACAUAACUAAAAUAAAUGUGACCAGAAUCAUAACAUGGAAAAUUGCAAUUAGAUUGCCCACGUUCAUACGUAUGAGUACGUAUUUAUGUAAGAUAAACAAACGCACAAAAUUAAGUAUAUAUUAGGAGAUAUGGAUUGGACCAUUUAAAAUGGAUGUGAUUGAGCACUUCGCUUAUUGCCGCACCGCUGUAGCGACUUCUACCUGAUGAAAUGUAAAUGUGUAUGCUAACAUUUAAGUUUAAUUUCCAGAUUAAUCUUGGUUUCACUCAAUCAUUCUGCAUAUUUCAAAUGAAUUUAAGAUAUUUUAUGCUAAGAGUCUGCAACCAAAACUACACCAAGUGUCUUUAUGCGUAUGCCUUCGCCAAAAAAAUGAAUGUUACUCCAUUUUAUAUGAGAAGUGGAGUUCGAAGUAAUAUUGUCUUUUGAUAAAAUAUUUAAUUGUGAUACAAAUAACUAAUAAUACUUAAGAAUAAAAACGGGUUGCUAGUGGGAAGUUAACGCUAGAAAACAACUUUGGAACACAUCAUUCAAGGCCUUUAACUGUGAUUUAAACUGACAUCUUUCUUUUGCAUAAACGUAUAUUAUUUAGUGGCUCAUUAGCGCUCUUAUCUGAAGUUUCGAUCUAAAACAUAAAGCACCGGAUAUAACAAACAAAAUGUUUAACCUCAACACACCCACAUCACUGCUGGGCAUUGACGGCUGCGGCCUUAGCUCUACACCAAAAACACCUGAAAUUGUCAACUCAUUGAUUGCAAUGACAAAUCCAAUGGACAACUACAAUUUCACGACUUUACAUAAUGGGUCAGCUGCAUCGACACCAGGCAGUGCUGCCUCCUUGCGUGGUUUCAACGGUGCCCCGAAUGCGCAGAUUAUUUCGCAGGACAGUAGUCAUUCCAGUUCUUCUACUUCACCGGUUGAUUCACCGGGUGGAACAAAUACCACACCGAGUGUUCAGCAGACCUGUUCGCAACUAAUCAAGGCUGGUCUCAAACUUUCCAUUCAAAGCAAACGAAAACUUUCUACUUGUGAUUCCAGCUCUGGUUCCGAUCAGCCAAACUGCAAAUAUUCUCGUCCCGACGAAGAUGUCGAAGACUCAUCGGAUGAAGAAAAUGAAUGCAAAGCGACGCCAAAGGGGCUAACACCAGAGGAUGAAGAUCGACGACGCCGUCGCCGUGAGCGCAACAAAAUUGCUGCUACCAAAUGCCGAAUGAAGAAACGGGAGCGUACACAAAAUCUGAUAAAAGAGUCAGAGCAAUUAGAGACCCAGAAUGUCGAUUUAAAGACCCAGGUACGAACUUUGGAAGCUGAACGGCGCAAAUUACUAGAUAUGUUGCAAUGCCAUGUAAUAACCUGUGUACAUACAGGUGGGUUGAAUUUGCCAUCUAAACUUUUACUGUCGCCAGCUCACAAGUACCUCGCUGCCCUUGAUAUAGAUGAUAGUAGGACUAUUAAUGGGGACUCUACGCCAACAAGUGGGACUACUAGUGGAACCCAGUCUCAAACACAUCAGCAAAUACAAGGCAGCCGCUCACUGAGCAAUAGAUCUGCCCUUGAAGUGCAACGCACUGCAAUCCCACCGAUGUCAACCAUUAAAUUUUCGCGCACUGCUGCAGCAGUAGCCGCUGCUGUAAACCAACAGCUACACCAGUUACCCACGCAACAACAGCAUCUGCCAAAUGGCUACUGUAAGCCGUCACCAACGCCACAGGAGCUUGGCUACCUAGCUUCACCGUCACAAGAAAGCAUAUGCUUGCCUGCCAUUCUUCCGCAACUUCCUUCUCAAACUUUAACCACCCACCAAAUUGGUGCCGCCAAUGCUAGUUCCGCCUCAGUUCCAAGCAUUAACCAGCAGCUCUCUGAUUACAUUCCAAGCUGUGAAAAUAGUCUUGGUUUGGUAUUAGCCCAUACACCCACCUCCGUUCAAAGCAACGAUGACAGUAGUGUACUACUUGGCGACAUGGUGAGUCCACUUUCAGUAAUGUCCACCCCCACCACAGCAACGGAAUUCGUCAAAAAUGAGUUAGUCGACUCGCAGAGCCCUUACACCACCGCCCAAUCCGCUGAACGCUUCCUCUUCGAGAGUAAUUGUGACAGCUUCGUCGACACCAGCUUACAUCAUGGAAGCCUCAAUAACAAUAAUAAUAGCAAUAACAGCAUCGUAGCUCUCCAUCAAAACAGUAACAGCAACCUGUUAGAUUUUAAUACCUCCUUGAUAGGAGGCAGCAGUGGGAUCGUACCAUUCCACGAUCAAAUAUCAAUCAAAAAUGACUACUUGCACGAUGCUGAUUUGUUAGCACAGUUCACAGGAGACGGAGCUGACUUCGUGGACCUCGAUUCCAGCGUUGCAGCGACAUUCAUGGCAAACAAUGGAUGUUUAGCGUGAAAUAAACAGCCAACAGCUGGGAAUAGAUAUAAUGUUUAUUGAGAAAAUCAGAGGUGUAAUCGCAAACAGUUAAUCAUCCCCUUACACAUAAAAAUGUAUUUUUUUAUAUAUAUUAAAAUAUUCGGGACAUUCAUUGACGUUCAUUGGCAUUUUGCAAUUUGUUAUUCGUAUGUAUAAACAAGCAAUUAGGAAGUGUCGAGUAAAGCAAAACAUAGACAUCACUAAAUUAUAGUCUAAGUUUUAGAAGUAGAGAAAUAAUCACAGACAACCGCAAACAGUCGCAAAAUGAGUCUCAACAUGCAUACUGAAAUAAUUAAGCCUAUAAGCGUGUAUGUGUGUAUUAACUUGUAUGUCUAGCUGCUAGUGCCAAUAAGGCGCGCCGCUCCUAAUCAAACCAUCCUAGUGGUAGAUAUAAGUAAAUGGUGGUCUGGGCCUCACAGAAGUGGUCACAUUUAUUUAACUGAAAUAUUUGUGUCUUCCAAUAAAUAAUAUUGUACAUAUUCCAAUGCGAACAACAUUUCAUUUUUACUGCUAUUUGACUCUCACUUUUCUGUAUAAAAAUUCGAUGCCAAUCACGUAUCUGUACAGAGCCUGCUUACCACCAACCUCGAAUAAAAAGUCGAAUUGACUCGAAUGGUUUUGAUUAUUGAAAUGGCAGUCAAGAGCUUUAGGCAAACUCGUUUUGUGGCUUUACUACCUCAAAACAGCAACGGAAACGGUGUAAUGCGUAAAUUUGUUGUGAUCCUGAAAUUUGAAAGGUUAAGGCAUCCAUGUAAUGGAAAAUAAAUAUUUUUUUAACUUCUAUUAAACGUAUUGAUUUUAUUCACCAAAAAGCAUUCCAAAAUUAAAAAAGUAGGCUUAAAACACAGAAAUGGCUACACAUUUUGUAAGCGCAAGCACUGCGUAAGAAGAAUCACAUCCGCAACAGUAAUUAUUAUUUUUAAUUGCAAGAAUAUUUAUACUCUCAAUUCACAAUUAGAAGAUAAGGUUUUGAGGAAGAAAUUAAGCUCUUGUAAUAUACGUCUAAAAAUAAAGUCAAGCAGCAAUGAAUUAAGUUAACGAGAUUACUUAGAAAGCUAAUUAAUUUUGCAAAAAUUUGCUAUGUCCCUGUAACACAUAAUAAAAUUUUAAUAUGUUUUUGUAUUCUAAUUUUUAAAAGUUAAGCAGAAUAUGCUAAGUUAUUGAGUUUUUAUUUGCAUUUUAUAUAUUUGUAUGUAAUAUUUAUUUUAUGCAAUUUGUAAUUGUGUAGACAUUUUUGUUUUUGCAAUUUAGUAUUUAAAAUGAAAUCUAUGAUAUUCUUAUAAGUGAUACAAAUAUGAAUAUGUAUGUAUUGUACAUGGAUACUGUAAAUGUAAUUUUCAAUCAGCCUAAAACUAAACUAACCUCGUAUUUUAUUUGUAUAUGUAUAUAACUAAAACACUAAAAUAAGGAAAAACAAAAGAAAAAAAUAACAAAUUUUCAUGUUCAAUGUUGCCUUAAAUGUUUACAAAAAUAAUAAUAAAAUCAGUAAAAAGAUAUCAGGAAUGAUACUAAAAGUAGAAUAUUCAAUUAUUUGUCUUAUUCAAAAUUCAAGAAAGUGCGCUUAAAAUCAACUAGCUCUGAUAUUUUUAUUAUACUGCUAUGGCAAACAAAAAUAGCAAAGUACACUCGCCUGAAGAUGUAUGUAUAAGCAAAAAAUAAUGAAAAUCAAAACUGUUGUAUCGAAAUUUUUUCAAAAACGAAUAUUUUAUUAAAAUGGAAAUAUUCAAUAAAAUUAAAUUAAAAAACAACAAAACACUAUAAAUUUAUAAAAAUAAUACUUUAGAUUUUUAAGCUGUGAAUACCAUUUUGUGGCCUGAAUUAAGACAUUAACGAAAAAACUUAAAACUCUACAAGCAUGCAUAUUUGUCUGAUGUUUAACCUUUGCCAUUUGAUGCUUUCUCAGUGUGUUGUUGCUAGUUACAUAUAUGCUCACAUUUUAAAAAACCUCUAAAUAAAAUAAUACCAAUAUUACAAAUAAUGCAAUUCCAUCAAUAUAUGUGUAAUCAAUUAAGAUAUGUGUAUGUAGAAAGUCAGUAAGUGCAAAAGAUCGGAAGCCUGCAGACGCAAAAACUUACUGACCGAAAAGCAACAAAAUGGGCACCUAGUUGCCAUGGGCUGUUGAUGUUAUAUGUCCGCAGUUCAUAGUAACAAUUAUUAUUUCAAAAACAAAAACAGUGGCUUUCCAAAUUUGAACAAACGUUUUUACUUAUUUACCAAAAAUAAAAAAUAUAUGUAUGUACGAGGCAUCUCACACGAAUUAAAUUAAAUGUCAAUAUUUAAUUGAAAUAUUUGUAUGAUAUACAUAACUAUUUAAAUAUACAACUAUUAGUUUAUUAAAGGCAACAAUGCCAAAGAAAGAAGAAUCAGAGGACGAUAAAAUGCCUUCCUAUUUUGUAAGAAUAGGUGACGCCAUGUAGUCGUAUAGAGCAAAUGAAACCAAAAUCAACUGGUUCCACAUAAAAAUAUGUAUAAUUUGACAUAUGCACCUAGGGAAGGAAACACGUACACAGUGAAGUGGCAACAAAUAUGUAUGUACGCAUGUAAAUGAGGGACUCUAAACUAUUUAAAUUAGGCAGAAAUUAUUACACAGAUGCUUAAUUAUUUAGACUAAUAAAAGAACGUUGUUUAAACCAAAUGUUAAAGAUGCAAUCAAAGUGACCAAAAAACAAACUCUAAUAGCUGAAUAAGAUAAAAAUGUACAGAAUUUAAGUAAUGUAUUUUCCAGUUCAGACUAAACAAAAUCAUGGCAUUAACUCAAUACUGAUAUGAAAUUGCCAGCAACUGCACAUUCGUUCAAAAUGAUAAAAAAAUGUUAUAUUUGCUCUCUUGAUACACUAAUUUUUAAUCCAUUAUUCAAAAUGGUUUAACUUGAGCCUAUAAUCAGUGACACAUGUACAAAAUAAGAAACUAAUUUUAAGUUAAAUUAAAUUUAAAUUGAAAACUAAAGACAAACUCACAUAUAUACAGAUAAAAUAAGCCCUAAGAUAGCGCUACCACAGUACCUGUUAGGCUUACAGUACCUUUUGAAUGGCGCAAAAGUAAAGUUUACUCGCACGUACAGUCAGUUGCUCUUUCUGUCGGCCUAAACACGAAAUCAGAAACUCAUGUCAUUAAUAAUCUAGAGCGAACAAUUGACAAAUCUUUAUCGAUCAUAUGUGCAACUGUUGGUAAUUUUUAAUUGGACGCAAAUAUCAAUAUAACUGUAAUAAGCUGUUACUUAUACAUAUAUAUUAUUGCCGCUUACACCCUCUGUUGGGUGUUUGGCCGAGCUCCUACUCCAAUUUGUGGUGUGCGUCUUGAUGUCAACAAAUGGAGGGGCCUACAGCUAUAUGCCGCCUACGAACGGCAGAUAGUUUUUUAUGAGGAGCUUUUUCAAGGUAGAAAUGCCCUCGGAGGUUUGCCAUUGCCUACCGAGGGGCGACGGCUAUUAGAAGACUAUUUUUCUAUCAUUUGAUUUUUCAUGCCCGGGGUUUCGAUCUCGGACUCUAAAGAAUGGUAGUCGCGCACCUACCCAUUCGGCUAUGUCGGCCGUAAUAAACAGUAAUGUAUGUAAAAAUUUGUUUUUAAGGUAAAAUACGCAUUGUUUAAAUAUUCUUGUGCUAUAUAUGUAUCUGUAUUCCACUAAAAAAGGCAGUGACGAGUGUCAAACUUCUGUGUAUAACAAUAAAUUAUUGAAUUUUUUUGACUUGUGCAAAAAUUUAUUUAAAUAUAUAUAUAAUAUUUAUUUUUGUUACAUCUCCCAGAUACACCACACCACUUUAAUGCUUUGUUCAUUUGUAGAAUGAGCCCACAUAAAUGUUUUAAUUUUCGUUACUUGUUGUUUUAAGAUACUUGUUUUAUUGUAUUUUAUAGUUUUUCAACCAAAACAUAGUAGGCAUAUGCAUUCGUGCACUGAAAUGUAUAUACAAUUAAAAGUAAUGUAAUGUACUAAAAUUGCCUAUGAACCUAUUUGCACUUCAACAAAAGUAUACGCAGCCAAAAACUCACUUGGUAAAACCCAGAGGCAACAACAAUAAUUUUCCUUUUUUUGUACUGUUUUGAAAAUGAAUUACACACACAUAUAUGUACAUAUAUAUAAAUUUAUACACAUGUACACAUAAAUACUUGCUUGGAUUUGCUUUCGAAAAUAAUUUCAACCACCCAAGAAUGCAUUUAUGUUACAAUAAAAUCUGAGGAAUCAAAAAUUCAUUUUUCCAUCAGCUGUUCCUGUGCAUUGUGGGUUUACAUGUUUAUUAAAAAGAAGUUACCGUAUUUAAAUAAAAAAUAACAAACACAAAUAUAUUUAUAAUGAAAAUGGAACCUAAAAAAGAGUGUGCACUACAAGUUCGUACUGACCACAGAAAAUUUGGCAAGAGUAUAUAUGCCCCCGCCAGUUUUAUUAGAGAAAGAAAAACUAAACAUGAAAAGCAACUUAAAUUGAAGUAAUAUUCAAAUAUAAUUUUAAAUUAAAAGUAAAAACUCAAGUACUAAAAAUUAAAAGUAAAAAUAAAGAUAACAUUAUUAAAA